AGUAACCCAAGGUUAAGAACCACUGGCUUAGAACAUGAGGAUAUCAUUGCUUCUAGCCUAAAUGUGUGAUACGUACACAAGUUUUAUUUUAGAAGCAGCUCCUUCAUUUUGUAAAAAAGCUGAUUGUAGCAAUCUCCAAGUGUGGCCAAAUAAUAGUGGGAGAAGCCUGCCCUGUUAUAAAAGCUAGAAGUCAAGGAAAUCGGGGGUCCAAUCCACUUCACCCCACUCCUGUGUCCUUCUCAAGCCUUUCCUGGACUGAAGCUACCAGCCAGAAGUUGUGGUUUGUGACAUUCCUCACCUUCCCGUUAAUUGCCACCUUCAGAGCCAGCAAUUUAUAACUCCUCCCUGACUUUCUGUGCUAUGCCGUCUCAACAUUUUAGCUUAUCAACACAUUUAAUUGGCAACUCCACAAUGUAAAUUGUGGGAACGAGAGUAUGAGCUCAUGCUGAACGGCAGGAGCAGCCUACAUACCUUUGGAGCUACUGUGACUUCAUCCGGUGAAACCCAACCCAAAGAGAAAAAAAAAGCCAAGUUCUCGGGUCAGGUGUGUAGGCAGAGAUAAAACAGAAAUCAAAACUAAAGAUUCUGAGGGACAGGAGAGAAGCUACGGAGGUUUUUCCACUGGAGUUGAGCUUAAUGAAGAGUCCAGGGAACUGAGAUUUGACCACACACGCUCUCAAACACAAUAUUGCCCUCACUUCCAACGAUACUCAUUUUCGCUAUGCCUUUUUUUGCUUUUGUAACCAUCUCGUGAGGCAACAGCACUGCUACUUGAUUCUUUUACUCAGAGGAGACCGAGGCAGAGAAAGGUGGCUUUCUCAUACAGAAAAUUUAUGAAACUUUUGAACCCUGAUUAGAUUCACACCUGGCUUCUGGCUUUGAAUCUAGAAAAACAUUAAUGUGGACUAGAAAUUUUGCUGUUAUUGUCUCCUGAAUCAUAAACUAAGAGAAUGGAGUGGAAAAGAUAGACCCUUAAUCGUCUUCAGCAACUUUAUGCCGUGCUUGUCAUGGGAGAAGAGAUGGAACUUCGAAUCGGGAGCCCUCCUCGUGAUGGAGAGACUGCCGUCAUGAUCAGCACAGACAUGUCGAGGACAGAUCCCCCUGCCAAGCAGCCUCCUUUGAAGAUGCACAGGUUCCGCAACCUUGCCAUCGCCAGCAUCAUCUGUGGCUGUUCUUGCAUUGGAGUCUUAGCGCUGAUUUAUGCAGUCAAGGCUAAAGAGAAGCAAAAAAACGAUUCUCAGGACUCAGCAGUCUACUGGGCCCGGAGGUCUCGGUGUAUGUCUUUCCUAAGCAUUGGUGUCUGGCUGUGCUUUCUCAUUCUGGUGCCCCUGUCCAUCAUCUUGCUUUCUUACAUUUUAUCGCAAGCUGAAUGAUGAGCUCUGGAAACAUGUGGCUCUCGGCUUUCAAGAUCACCUGUUCUGGGUUUCCUCCCUGCUGGAUUUAUUAUCCUGCAUGGUCCUUAAGCAGUUUGCAAGUUGCCUCCUGCUAUCCAGGAUUUCUAACUGGAGCCAUUGUUGAUGAAAAGACAGACUGCAGAAAUGAUGUUAUUUCCUUCCAUGUACAGAAGCUCCAGUUCCGCCUCAUUGACAAAGUAUGGUUUGUUCCAUCUAAGAUUUUUAUCGGGCUUCCAGAUGCUGUAAUCUUUUGGAACCACGGGAUACUAAAGAACAGAAACACCAGCCUGGGUGGAUAAUUUCCCUUCUGUGUCGUUUUUCUCUCAUCAAAAGUUGAAGAGUUGAUUCCACAAAUUUUGGUGGUUUAUUUUUUUUCUUCACUCUUCAGCCUCCUUUUCAUUGCAUGGGCAGGCAAAAGGCCAGAUUUGAUAUUGAGACCUGCGCUCAUCUGCUGUAAUGAAAGUACUGUCCACCUCACGAAAUUGUUGUGAGAACAAAUUAAAUACGAAUUCUACAUGGACUCAAAAUAUCAAAGUGACGCACUGGAAGAUAAUAAUCCGUGAACACCGUGUGUUGAGGUUUAUUCUGUUAUCUUUAUUAUUAUCUGCAAUGCACUUAUUGUCCAUAUCGUUUUUUUACAGGAUGCCUGACUGAAAUAAAUGUUAUAUUGUCAGGAUGUAAAUUCCUUCAAAAUGGACUAACUAAAAUGCAAAAGCUUCCACAGUGUUGAUAACUUUAUUUUGUGGCCUACAGGAAUAAGGACCAUCUGAUUAUAUUUGUACAACAAAGAUACAAAACCAAGAGCAAAGAGUCUCUGGAUACCUUAUAACUAUUACUUUUAUUUUGGCAUUGUCUUUUAUGGAUAAAAGUCCUUCUGUUACAUUUUGUUUGAUCAACAGUUGGAUAAAA